ACAGUAUUUAUGAUUACAUGCACAUCUGCAUUGUCUGAACCUGCACUUGAGGCCCUGUGCGUGCAGGUCAGUUGUGUUUGGGUUGCGUCUUUGCAGGGCUCUGGCUGCUCUGCGUGAAGUAAAUAAGGUUUGACCUCGUGGUGGAGAGAGAGAGACAGACUGGAUUAGACUCUGCCAGCAGCAGAAACAGCAGCAGGAGGAAGAGGAGGAGGAGGGUACAUGCAACACACAACCUACGACUCUUGCUGCUCUCAAACCACAUACACGCGCUUUUACAUGCAUUUAUAUUGAACACAGAGCGACGCGACUACCGUUGACCUCGCCGCAGAGGCAAGAGACGACAGCAGCUGUCCAUCAUGGCAGGCGAUAUGAUGUUACUGAUGCGAGGCUUGGCCAAGUUGAGCCAGGCCGUUGCAGAGACUCAGGGCAGCACCCUGCGCAGUGGAGCAGGUGUCCAAGGAGUUGGUGCUGCAGUCCAAAGUGUCCAAUCAGCUGCUGAGCAAGGCCUGUCUGCGGCCAUAAUGAAAAUGCAGGAGCUGUCCGGCCAGCAGCAGACCUCUUCCUCCGAAUUUGAUUUUCCACAGGAUGACAGCGCAUUCACAGCUUCAGAGUUCAGGAAGGAAGAUAUGGACUUUACAGCCGAUCACACAGGAGGUAGUGAUGAUGCCGCAGCCCAUCGCAGCGCAGCAGCUGGAGAAAGUCAUGCCAGUGGAAAACAGUCAUUGUUUGAGGGAUACAACGAUCCCAGCAAACAGUUUAGUGGACAGACUAGAUCUUUCCACCAAGAUGCCAGACAUUUCUACAACCACAGAUUGAACAGGCAUUUGUGGGGACAGCUAUACUGUCAGCAUCAGGUCAGUCAGCUCAGGAGCUACCAUCAGGACCCGUCAUCAGUCGGAGGGCUGACGGCUGAAGACAUCGAGAAGGCAAGGCAGGAAAAGAAGGCUCAGUUCAAGUCACACAAACAGAUGUUGAGUGAGAGAGCCAGAGAGAGGAAAGUGCCGGUGACUCGGCUCGGCAGGCUGGCCAACUUUGGAGGCCUAGCUGUAGGUUUGGGGAUCGGAGCACUUGCGGAAGUUGCCAAGAAGACCAUGAGACAUAAUGGUGCGGCAGCUGACUCUAAAAAAGCUGUUCUGGACUCCAGCCCCUUCCUGAACGAGGCCAACGCCGAACGCAUUGUCAGAACCCUGUGUAAAGUGAGAGGAGCUGCAUUAAAACUGGGACAGAUGCUCAGCAUUCAAGAUGACGCAUUCAUCAACCCCCAACUCGCCAAGAUCUUUGAGCGUGUAAGACAGAGCGCUGACUUCAUGCCGAUCAAACAAAUGACAAAAGCACUCAACAGUGACUUGGGUCCUAACUGGAGAGACAAGCUGGAGUCGUUCGAGGACCGUCCGUUCGCAGCCGCGUCCAUUGGCCAAGUUCACCUGGCGAGGAUGAAGGACGGCAGGGAGGUGGCCAUGAAAAUACAGUACCCCGGUGUGGCUCAGAGUAUCAACAGUGACGUCAACAACUUGAUGACGGUGCUGAAUAUGAGCAAUGCCCUGCCCGAAGGUCUGUUUCCAGAGCACCUGAUAGACGUGAUGAGUAGAGAGCUGGCGCUGGAGUGCGAUUAUGUUAGAGAAGCCCAGUGUGCAAAGAAGUUCAGAGAGCUACUGAAGGACCAUCCGUUCUUCUACGUGCCAGAGGUGAUAGACGAGCUGUCCGGUGGCCAUGUCCUGACCACAGAGCUUGUCUCAGGGUUUCCCCUCGACCAGGCUGAGAACCUCACACAGGAGCUGAAGAACGAGAUCUGUGAGAACAUCUUGAUGUUGUGCCUCAGAGAGCUGUUUGAGUUCAGGUACAUGCAGACUGACCCGAACUGGUCCAACUUCUUCUAUGAUCCACAGACACACAGGGUGGCGUUGCUGGACUUUGGAGCCACGAGAGGAUUCGAUCAGAGUUUCACAGAUGUCUACAUAGAGAUAAUCCAUUCAGCUGCCGAAGGAGACAGAGAGGGAGUGCUGAAAAAAUCUAUCGAGAUGAAGUUCCUGACUGGGUAUGAGUCCAAGGCAAUGAUAAACGCCCAUGUGGACGCAGUGAUGAUCCUCGGAGAGGCCUUUGCCUCCACAGAGGAAUUUGAAUUUGGCUCCCAGUCCACCACAGAGAGAAUCCACAACCUCAUCCCUGUGAUGCUCAAACACCGACUCACCCCGCCUCCUGAGGAGACGUACUCACUCCACCGUAAGAUGGGAGGCUCAUUUCUCAUCUGCUCUCGGCUGGAUGCAAAGCUGCGGUGUAAGGACAUGUUCCAAAAAGCAUAUCAGAAGUACUGGGAAGGACGCACGCCACCCUCUCAGUCAGCCUAAGCUCAUCCCAAGUGUCAGGCGAUUUGAUGGACGGAUCCUGGGGCCAACGGACGGCAAGUGCAAGUCGGCAGCGAGAUCGUGGUGUGGGGACGCACAACUGCAAAGCGGAGGCCGUGUUACCAGCUAGUAACUGGUUAUCGAGCACCAGCAUAUGUUUCCCAUUUUAGGUACCCGGCUACGAUUGAGAGGCGCUUAUUUACAGCCAUCAUGUCUUUGUUUGAGAGGCAGCAGCAACAUCUGGAGUGCUUUAAGACCAAACUCUAUAUAUGGCCCUGCGAGGACAGACUGAGAAGACUGAGGAGGAUGGAGGGAGAGAGACAAACAGCCUUGCGUUAGUAGUUAAUGUGUAAAAUGAAUGUAAAAAAGUUGGAAUUUCAUUGCUUUCAAGAUGAUUCUUGUAUGUUCAUGUGUUUUGCUUUGCUGUGUUUUGAAAAAUCAGUUUGCAAUCUGCCAGAAACAUCACAGGUGAAAACAUCAAACAAUGAUUGUAUUAAAGAAGAGGACUAAACUCUUUAUGUAAACCCACAGUCACAUAAUAGAAGGGGUCAGUACAAUACAGAGGCAGUAUGAGUCACAGAAUUGGCCAGGACCAACAUGUCUGGGAAGUUUGAUUAGCUUGUCUGGAUAUGAAUAAUAAGGCUUGGUCUAAAUGUAGACAGCAGAAUACAUGUUGAAGUUUUCAUAAGAACAAAAUUGUUUUUUGAGAUGUUGCCAAGCGAUCAAGUUCGAGAUGAUUUACCCAUUUAUAGAAAAUGUGACAAACUGGAAUUUGUCAGCAUUCACACACAAGGAGGGCUAAGUUUGAACUCAUGUAUGUGUAGUUCUCUGUCAGUGUAGCCAUAAAGAUUUCAGUUGCUGUUAAUAGCUUUUAGCUUUUAAGGGAGGCUUUCUGUGGGCAGAACAUUGAUUCAAACUGUCGGUCUGUUUCAAAUGAACAUUAACAUGACAUUCAGGAUCUAUAUGUGUCAAUGAACCUCGGGUUAAAGGUACAGUGUGUAGGAUUGAGGGGGAUAUACUAGCAGAAAUGGAAUAUAGGUUUUGUUUAAUGUAUAAGCACUAUUUUUUUUUUUUUUUUUUUUUAACGUUAAACUGCCUCUAUUCAGUGUUUUUACCGGUGUAAAUCACUGUAUCUGUUUGUUUCGGAUAGGAAGAGACCGCUGCAGAAAAUUUGGCUCCCAGUGAAAACCUCCUGAACGUCUGGAUCUUUAGUUAUCCGGGAAAAAAGGACACAUUUGCAAGUGCUUGGCUUGCGGCCCGUCUUCGACAUGCCAAACAGUGUUGGAAAAACACAUUUUUCUAAUGUAAAACUGCUUUAUUCAGUGUUUUUACCGGUUUAAAUCACUGUGUCUGUUUGUUCAGGAGAGGAAGAGACCUCUGUGGAUAAUUUGGCUCCCGGUAAAAACCUCCUGAAUAUCUAGAUCUUGAGUUGUCGAAGAAAAAACGUGAGCGCCAAUUUGCUGGUGCAGGGCCUGUCGUUGACAUGCCGAACAGUGUCGGAAAAACAGAUUUUUUUAAAAAUGUAAAACUGCUAUAUUCAGUAUUUUUACCUGUUUAAAACACCGUGUCUGUUUGUUCCGGAGAGGAGGAAACCUCUGCGGAUAAUUUGGCUCCUGGUAAAAACCUUUCCAAUAUCUAGAUGUUCCGUUACCUGUGAAAAAAGCUGACCAUACAUGUGCAGACGCUGGGCCCAUCUUCAACUUGCACAACUGUUGGAAAAACACAGGUUUUUAAAUGCUUUAAAGCAGAUUUAUUCAGUGUUUUUACCUGUUUAAAUCACGGCGUCUGUUUAUUUGGGAGAGGAAGAGACCACUGCGGAUAAUUUGGCUCCUGGGACAAACCUCCUGAACAACACACACCAAAGGAAUACUAACCUGGAGAAGUUUAAGUUGUUUGUAAUCUGCAGUCCUUUACUGCUGGGUACCACUAAAUCCCCCUAAGUCUUGCACACUGUUUCUUUAAAUGAUGGUUUUACUCAGUCUUUGGGGAUGAAAUCUUUAUAUCUGUUCUUGUAGAUUUUUUGUUCUUUGUGUCCUAUCUGAUAAUUUGUCUUCAGCAGAUUUAGCUCAUGAAUUCCAGUUGAUUACAUGUGUUAACUCUUGAACUGUUGCAACGUAUAGAAAUGAAAUCAUAUAGAUCCAUGUUGCUUACUGUAAGAGGUCUGACAGAACGACAGAGCACAGCCCACAUCUACCUGUGUUUAGUCAUGAAUGUUAAUGAGCUGCCGGGAUGGAUGGAGCUCAUCCUGAUAGCGCACAAGCUCAGCUCGUGGGCUCACCUAGUUUUCCACAAGUCUGUAAUCUCUCCAUGCCUCCGUGGGUGUGAAAUCCUCUGUCACCUGGCUGGUGUGCAGCUGUGAAACUUCUCUCAACUCUGCUGUGUGAAUACAGUUAUUAUGGUCUCUGGUGUGAAGCAGAAAAACUGAUGAAAAGAAAAAAAAAAAAAACAAGGUGCCUGUAGUUUCCAGAUGAUGGCUUUUAGCUUCUCGACUUUAUAUUUCAUAUCAAGACUCGGCGAAAAGAUGGUUGAAGAUUUCUAAUCAAACUGAAAGUUGUGUAUGGAAAGAGUAAAUGUUUGAUCUAUAAUUGU